AUGCUUUUGGUGCAGAUCCUGAGGUCGCAAACUUUAUUCGCCCUUGUCCUGGGAACAAUCAUUGUCUUCAGCUACACCUUCCACAGAAUGGAGACCAAGUUUACCAGCUUUGGAGGCCUUGUGAAGCAAUUUAAAGAAAGUGAAGUUCCUGCAGGUAUUGACAGCGGGAGUGAACUUUGGGCAAUGAAAGAUGGGACCCAGAGACAUGCUAGAACGGAAUGGGCAAAAAAUGACAAAGAAAUUAAAGCUGUCCUUAGAAAACUAGACGACCUGAUGCCCAGCGUCACUUUCAUGGAUAUAAAUACCACCACAAGUGCUAAGAACAGCAAGGCCACCAUCUUAAACUACAAAGACUCUUAUUGUGUUGGCGAGCAUUUGAUGGUUCGACUGGAUUUAUACAACUACUUAGGCAAGAGGAAGGAAUACGGAGGAGACUUCUUACGAGCGAGGAUCUUCUCUUCAAGUCUUAACGCAGGAGCUUCUGGGCGCAUCACAGACUAUAGGAAUGGGACGUACCUGGUCAAUUUCACUUUAUUCUGGACUGGCAAUGUUAAAGUAUCCCUCAUGCUCAUCCACCCCAGCGAAGGAGUUUCAGCACUGUGGGCUGCAAGGAAGAGAGGCUACGACAAAAUUGUUUUCACAGGCAAAUUUUUAAAUGAAACGUUAGAUGUCUUCACUGAAUGUGGAUUUAACAAGACGACCAAUGCAGAACUGUGUGAGUAUCUAGAUGAGCGAGACCAGGAGGCCUUCUACUGUGUGAAACCAAAGUUUGUGCCAUGUGAAGCUUUCGUCCAGCUGAAGUCCAACAACAGACCCAUCUCAUAUUUCACAGCCAUGGAAAAGAGACUUUUAAACAGUGUUGGAAUUGAGAUCCCUCAGAAUUUCGGGAACAUUCGUGUCGUGCCCUGCAAAACGAGUAAGGUGACAAGAGACAAGUGCAGGAUUGGGAUGGCUUCUCCUGUCCCCAGCGGCUACGUUUUGCACAACACCUGGCACCCAGAAUUUUGCUCCAUCCACGAUUUCAGCACUUUGGAUAAGAUCCAUGCCAGCCUGAAGAGCAAAAUGAUUUAUCUCAUGGGGGAUUCAACAUCAUUUCAAUGGAUUCAUUACCUUACCAAGAGAGUGACAACGUUGAAGUACUUUGAUCACCAAAGCGUUCCAGUCUUCAAGACACAUGUGGCUUUGGACCUGGAGAGGAACACAUUCAUCCAGUGGAAAAAACACGGGUACCCCAUUGUGACCAAGUCCUUCUAUUCAGUCAAAGAUUUGAAUUACAUUGCUCGGGAAAUCGACCAAGUAGCAGGGGACAACAACACAGCCAUCAUCGUCGCUAUAGGCCAGCACUUCAGACCAUUCCCCAUGGAUCUCUUUGUGCGAAGGGUUGUAAACAUUCGCCGCGCCAUUGAGCGCCUUCUCCUGAGAAGCCCUGACACGAAAGUCAUUGUCAAAGCAGAGAAUAUCCGAGAAAUGAAUGCAGACACAGAGAGAUUUGGCGACUUCCAUGGCUAUGCCCAAUACCUUGCCAUGAAAUACAUUUUUCAAGGUCUCAGGGUUGGCGUAAUUGAUGCCUGGGACAUGACUAUCGCCUAUAAUACAAACACAAUUCACCCACCAGAACAAGUGGUAUGGAGCCAAAUCGUGAUGUUUCUAACAUACCUCUGUUAAGAAUGACCUUGACCCUUAUGAUCAUUGGAGAGAACCGUCUUGUCUGUUCCAUUUGUGCCUGCCUGGGUGGUGACUGGAGCAGCCUGAUGGGACCAUGCGUCUUCACUCUUGAAGGCACUGCAGUGGUUGCUGGCCCAAUUUAAAGUGUUAGUACUAGCAUGCAAACCUGCAAGCAGCUUGGGAUCCAAGUACUGAAAUGUGCCUCCCUCAAUAUCAACCAUCUUGGGCCCUACGAUUGGUAGGGAGUCCACCACCGAAUGCUGCCAAGUUGGCACUGAUCCAUGCCGGAGGUCUUCAUUUUGGCAGUUUGCCAUUUGUGGAACGCCCUCCCUGGUGAGACGUGUCUGCCUCCCUCACUAACAUUCAGGAAAACCUUGAAAACAUUCCUCUUCACCCAGGCUAAAAGAUGCCGUUCCUAGAAACCUUAAAUUAUUAGCUGUGGAAUCACUCUCAAAUAUAGAAUAAUCAGACUGGGUGCAGCUGCUUCUGUGUAAGUAACCAGCAGGAAGCCUCUUGGCUAAAUCUCAGUGAGAAACAUCUAUCACUGGAAGUCUCUUGGGAAACUGAGCUUGUGUGUGACAUCUUCCAAUCCCAGGGUGGCUUCCACUGAGCCAGGUUACAACAACCGUUGUUUGGGCUGCACUAAGAUGAGUGGCAGUUCAGCUUUUUAUUCAUAGGCAAAAGUGCUGCACAUGACAGAGUGGAAACCAGAAGAGGGAGCUAAAGGCCCUGGGAACAGACAAUAAAAUCAAACCCUGCAUUGAUUUCUAGUUGCACAGGGGGACUUGCCACCAUUCUGUUGACCAAAAUUUGCCUUUGUGCUUGUGAGGAAUGCUUUUCUUUUGCAAAAGGAAUGCUUCAUCAUACCUCUGGGGGGGGGGCCAUUGGGCUAUUCAGUUGAACCCAGUGCCUGACCCUUGUCUGUGUGUCCAGAGUCUACCUUGUCAGAGAUAUGGCUUGGAUUUCAGGAUAGAGAAACCUGU